AUGGCGCCUCAGCAGAAGAACGCCUCAAAGGCAUCCAAGCUCAAGUCACCCAAAGGUGGCAUCCAGAAAUCCAAGGGGCGUGUGCAGAACAAGAAAUCUGUAUCUCGUGCUGCCAAGACUGUACCUCGUCCUACCAAGAAGACGACUAGACAACCCUCUGUUUCAGCUUCUCCCUCAAGCAAUGCCAGCAGCGGAGGCAAAUGGAUAUGGACGGAGCAUCCACCAACUAAGGAGCAGACUGCUGCAAAUGGCCGACAAAAAGGCCGCAGCCUGGUCCAAUGGAACCGACCGGACACGGCAAUUACGCUCCUGCUUAACACCUUGUAUCAGGCCUCCAUUCAAGGUCACAAACUGUCUAUGGACGCUAUCGCUCACCGCACUCAUUGCGGAGCGUCAGGUCAGUCACUCAUUCAACAUCUUGCUCGCGAGCGUAGGAAGAUCCUCAAGAGAGGCCGCAUGGCCCCCCCUGUCACUGGAACUCGCUACGACCCGACCGUUCGAGGCGUCGUUCUCGAGCCAACAUCUGACAACCCUAACGCCGAGAGAAAAAUCUCUUUCCGUGAUGUCGACAACGAAACCGAUUUCGACGAACCUGAGCUUGAAGAACCUGAGUUCGAAGAUCCAGCAUUUGAAGAGGCUGAGUUCGAAGAACCUGAGUUCGAUGAGCCUGAGCUCGAAGAUGAGAUGAGCCAGGAGGCGAAGGGGAAGCAGAUCGAGAGAUCUUACUUUCACGCCUACACGAUGGCUUCUCCGGAGACCGACUUCCAGGAGCAGCACCCUCGGCUAUUGUUCUCUGCUCCUCAGAACAACCAGAUGCCGUGGAUGCAGUCUCAGUCGUCUCUGUCGGCGCCCUUGGGUACGGCAAACCCCUUCGACAAGACCCAGCCUUUUGACACCCAGGCCUUGGACACGCCUCAGGUGUUUGGACAACAUCUCCAUCGGAACGGCUUUGGCGACAACUUCAACCUGCCGAUGCCUUCGAUGCCAAAUGACAUCGGAACCAAUGCUCAGGAGCCUGGAUCCAGUCCCGAUUAUGACAACAUGGCCACCAGUGUUCAUGGCUUGGGUCCUCAGAAACUUGAGCCUCCAUCCAGAGUUUACGAACAUUGGCCCGAUGAGUACUAUCGCAUCUUCGGCCGCUACCCAGGUGAUUCAAUUUCCGACACUGAGCCUUGGGCCAUCAACAACCCUUCAACCAGCUUGUUCCAGGACACCUUACCUACUCAGGGUAUGUUCUCGAGCACUUCGCCUUUUGGCGAGCAGGAGAACGGAGGAGGAACAAUGAAUGACGCCGACUUCGGGCAGUGGGUUCAGGAGCAGGAUAUGCAUUACGAGUCGGGAACGUGCUUUGGUCUUUGA